AUGAAGUUCUACCUCGCCGCCAUCCCUCUCCUCGCUGGUGCCGUCUCCGCUAGAUUUUUUGGCCGCCUUGACGUCUACAUUCGCGACGGCGCCUGCAAUUCUGCCAUGAUUCAGCCCGUCGACGACCAAAUCCAUGGCCCCAUGCAAUGCGGCAUCUCCGAGUACUGCGUCAACAACGGCGAAGGCAACAUUGCCUCUGUCCACUUCAAGUGCUCUGCCGAUGGCCCCAACGAUAGCGACAUCUUUGUCUAUCCGCAUGAUACGCUCAAGUUUUGCCGCCGUGGAUUCUGCUCCUGCAUGACCACCAUCUAUUCCCAGGAGCAUGAGGGAAUUGUAUCCUUUGACUUUAACGAUGACCAUGCCUGGUCGUGCUAAGCAAAACAAACAACUGGGAGGUUCAAUAUAGCCUAUAUUUUGUACAUAUACAACGAAUCUUUACUCUGUGAUAAUUAAG